CCAGGUGGAACCAGAAGCAACGUGAGAGACAAUUGUCUGAUUAUGGAUUUAAAAUUGCAAAUCGAACCUACAUGCUGGGAAGGUUCACUGCAACAAUUAUUGCCCUGAUGAGAGAUCUAACCUAUAUUCAUACAGGGUUUCAUCCAUAAAAUGGAUCUGUUUCAUAAUACAAGAAAACCACUUCCCUGUCGUCCUGUCUUAAGUGCUUGUUGACUGAUCUUUGUGGGGGGAAGUGUUUGAGGUGUACGGGUUGAGAAUAUGUACAGGGUUUACAUUUUGCUGCUGAAGUCCUUGUUGGCUGUUGCUUCAAGUAUAUAACUUGCUUGAAGUGUAGCAACUUGCAGAUAUUAGUGUUGUCGUCAAUUUUUUGACCAAAGAAAGAAAACCCAUCACGCUUUUCAUAAGAAAAAGUUUCAGAAAAAGAUUAACAAAAAAGGUUAUGAACAUAUUUUAUAUGGCUUGAUGCAGCAAAGGACAUAUUAUUGUAACUCGUCAGCCAUUGGAGCUGUCAGCAACAAACACAAAGUGACAAACUUACAAUUUCUAUUGCUUUUCGUGGCAUUAUAAAAGGAUAGAAAGAGGGCAUCUUGUUGGUUGGAUAUUUUUCUAGACUUGAAUGAUCAGGUUAGAUUCCUUUCAUUCGUCCACAAAGAGAAAACUAAAGUGAUGGGUGGAAAACUCCAAGCGUGAAAUAUGGACUUUUGUUGCAACUCUAUGGUUCACUUAUAGUUUGGGUCGGCCAUGUUUCUAAAGCUGUGAUUGACUGCUCUGUUAUAAAGGAAAAUACUGAACGGUAAUUUGCAGAUUAGAGUCCAAAAUAGUUGAAUAAAAUAGAUGAAGAGGACACGUUGGAGUUGGUCUUAUUGUCUUGCCCCACUAGAAACCGCAGUCCAUUCCUAAUGGACAUGUAUUACAAUAAAAGCUCCCAUAGAAAUUCAUGGCAUUGAUGAUUGUUGAAAGUAGAUUUUCAAAGAGGUCAGAACCUAGUCACAGAUGUCUUCCCCUUGGGAGCUUCGCUUUCCAUAUCAGUUACUUCAUUAACAUCUCUAAUAUUGUCCUGUAUCAGACAGGGAGGCUAUAUAUAGAGAUGGAUUAUAUUUUGUAAUAUCUGCACUUUCCCAGAGCUGAGGGAGAUCAAGUGAGAUUCAGGAAUCAGGCAGCAAACAGACAAGAAGGGACAAGCUCCAAUGGCACAUUCAUUACCAUCAAGUCGUUUUUCAGCUUUUUUUUGUUGUAUUCUUCUACUGUUGCUGAUCAGCUCUGCUACUGUGAGUGGGGCUCGACUAGGGAAUGCCAGGCUAACAGAUUCUUCUAGUAUCAGAAGGAUACUUUUAAACAAUGGCCUUGGUCUAACUCCACAAAUGGGUUGGAAUAGUUGGAACCGUUUUCAUUGCAAUAUCAACGAGACAUUGAUCAAGGAAACUGCGGAUGCAAUGGUGUCAAGUGGUCUUGCUGCUUUAGGAUACACCUAUAUCAAUUUAGAUGACUGUUGGGGUGAACUCAACAGAGAUACUCAGGGGAAUUUGGUUCCUAAAGCAUCAACAUUUCCUUCAGGCAUUAAGGCUCUGGCAGAUUAUGUACAUAGCAAAGGGCUUAAGCUUGGAAUUUAUGCAGAUGCAGGGACUCAAACUUGUAGCAAGACCAUGCCCGGGUCCCUAGGAUACGAAGAACAAGAUGCAAAAACGUUUGCUUCAUGGGGGGUUGAUUACCUGAAAUAUGACAAUUGUGCAAAUACUGGCAUAAGCCCAAAGGAAAGGUAUCCGAAGAUGAGCAAAGCUUUACUAAGUUCAGGGAGGACCAUGUUUUUCUCGUUAUGUGAAUGGGGAAAUGAAGAUCCAGCAACUUGGGCACCAAGCAUUGGGAAUAGUUGGAGAACAACUGGAGAUAUUAAAGAUAACUGGGAUAGAAUGACAUCCAUUGCAGAUCAAAAUGACAAAUGGGCAUCUUAUGCUCAACCUGGCAGUUGGAAUGAUCCAGACAUGCUUGAGGUAGGAAAUGGUGGCAUGACAACAGAAGAAUAUCGCAGUCAUUUUAGCAUAUGGUCAUUAGCUAAAGCUCCUCUAUUGAUUGGCUGUGAUAUUCGGUCAAUGGAUAAUGUCACCUUUGAACUGCUAAGCAAUAAGGAGGUUAUUGCAGUCAAUCAAGAUAAACUUGGAGUUCAGGGGAAAAAGGUGAAAAAAGAUGGGGAUCUUGAGGUAUGGGCUGGCCCCUUGACUGAUAACAGGGUGGCUGUAGUCUUAUGGAACAGAGGAUCUUCCUCUGCAAACAUCACUGCUUACUGGUCUGAUAUAGGCCUUAAACCAUCAACUGUUUGUGAUGUUCAACAUUUAUGGGCGCAUUCAACGGAGUUAUCAGUCCAAGAUCAGCUCUCUGCUCAAGUGGAUGCACAUGCUUGCAGAAUGUACACAAUCACACCACAGUGAACAGUUCUUCCAUGGAAAGAAAGUGGUUUUCCAGAUGGAAAGGGUCUGAUUGCAGGCAUGCAGCAGCUAGCUGAGAAUGCAUUUGAACAAAGAAGUUAGCUUCAAGAAAUUGAAUAAAAUUUUGCAAUAUUUGAAAAUAUUAAAGCAAUGUCAGAUAAAGAAGUGAAACCUCAAUAACUUAUAUGCAAAGGGAUAGUUCGCUGAGAAUGCUACCAGUUUAUGUCUAGUUGCUAUA